UUUAUAUUUAAUUCCUCAUGGCAUAUCAGUUUGACCCAACAACAUGAUUUAAUUUGGGGGUGUGUUCAGCAAUUCAGAUAGCUUGGACUUGUUUUGUUUGAGAGGCAAGACAGACUUUGGUAUACGCAGUGGAUUUGUCCCUUAGAAUAUUGUCUAGUCUUUAUUUUAAAGCUGGGUGUUAUUGUGAUGUGAAAGCUGUUAUUGUACCGUUUUAAAGUUGUUAAAUAAGGAAUUAAUCCAGUAAUUUGUGUCACAACAUUUCAACAUCAAGAAUGGCAGCCAACGAUUCUGAUACAUAUGUUACCCAUUUUUGCGCAAGGUGUAAUGGAAAUAACACCGAGACUGAGGCCAAGGCUUAUUGUGCAAAGUGUGACUCAUGCUUUUGUGACGGCUGUGUGAGGUUACAUAGUCAGGGGUUUCAAAACCACACCACUGAUGGGCCUGAAAAAAUGGAGAAGUGGCCAGUUGCCAUGGCUACACAAGAGUUUCUGGAGAACUGUGAAGUCCAUAAGGGGAAGAAAUUUGCACUGUUUUGUGAGGACCACAGCCAGCUGUGCUGCCAUACUUGCGAUUUGAGCCAUCGGCAGUGUUCAAAGGUAACCCCUAUUGCUAACACCACCCUGUCUGCAUCAGACGAUCAGCAGCUGUCAGCGGAGAUUAACACCAUUCUGGAUCAACUUAUGAAGCUGCAAGCUUAUUGGAAGAGCAACCUGGAAUCACUGCAAGUGUCAUACAAAAAAAGGCUUUAAGAUGUGAAAAGAAUGAGAGAGAGAAUAAAUGCUGCCUUAGAUGAUCUUGAGAAGACCACACUCAAGGAAAUGGAUGAAGUGAAGGCCAGCUGGAAUGCGUCUCUCAUGUUGGAUGUUGACACAUGCUCAAGGCUUCAUUCAGAGCUGACACGUCUUAGUGAUGCAGUACAGGAGAUUGGAACGAAGAACAAGAAGAAUGCAGAGUUGGCAUUUAUAGCCUUUCAAAAAAGUGACUAUAUUUAAAAAAAAAGUAAAACAAUAUCUGAACAACAAUUCCAAGCAAACAGAGGUUUCCUUAAAGUUGAUUGUUUACAAUGACAUUGAAGGGUAUUUAUCAAACAUUUCAGGUCUUGUUAAUACCGUACACAUCACGAAGGAAUUGACCAUGCAGGGAAGCCCGUACCAGGCAAUCAUAGCCACCGGGGCAACUCCAGUAAGUGUGAGAAUACCAAGUGAUACCAGUAACUUUUGUAUCGCUGGCAUUUGUGGUUUGUUCAAUGGUCAGAUACUUAUUGCAGAUAAUUACAACAAAAGUUUAAAGCUUUUGGACCUGCAGAACAAGGCGGUGGUCACUUUCUGUGAUAUGCCUGACCAUCCAAGGAACAUGUGUCUUAUCACCCCGUGCCAGGUAGCAGUGGCUGUGCAGAGUGGUAUACAGUUUGUCUCUGUGAACAGUGGACAGCUGGUGAAGGGUAGAAGACUGCAGCUACCACAUAAUUGUCGAGGAGUUGCUCAUCACCAGGGGGACCUGUAUGUAACCUCUGGUACUGCUCUGUACAAGUACACUCUCACUGGAACACUUGUGGACAAGAUCUACGAGGAUAUAUCUAUAAGCGAUGCAGUCUACAAGUGUGCAGUAAGUCCCAGUGGUGACAUUAUCUAUGUUACCAACUGUAACAACAAGCUCCUAACUCUGGCCAGGGAUGGGGCUGUUAUCUCCACCUUCACUGACACAGAACUACAAAGACCUUCCGAAGUACAUGUGACACCUGCAGGACAAGUGCUUGUUUGUGGAUACUUGUCCAACACUGUCAUACAGGUGGACAGUGAGGGCAAGAAGAAGAUUGCUACUCUGGCUGCAAAGAAGGAUGGGCUUCAAUCCUCUCGAUCAGUCUUCUAUAACUGGAAAUCAGGCUCUGUCUUGGUGGGACAAUCCGAUAAAAACAUCCUGUUGUUUAAUUUAAAAUGAAGUCAACUGUCUGAGAAAACACCAUUAUUGUUAACAUUUUUAAUACACAUUUUAUAUUUAGCAUGUUGAAAUUUGUGUUUUGUUCUUAAAAAGACAAAAGAUGUUAAAUGUUGUGCUUUCUUUUUACUUUCAUCUUGUAGAUUGAAUAAUAAAAGCUUCAAGUGAAAACCCCUUGAGAUGAUUUGGCAUCCAAUGUAAAACACUUUGUUGUAUUUUACAUUGUCAGUUUAAUUUAUUACUUUAAUAAACAAUAAACACAUUGUGUAAAGAAAUAUUGAUACAUUCUUCUUAUAAUUUAUUUUAAUACCUUCUUUUUUAGUUUGAUUAAAUAUGUUAUACUAUUAAGCACCUUGUUCAAACAACCAAUCAACAUUUGUGAUGUAAUUUAUGUUCUUAUUAAAAACAAGUGAGGCAAUACAUUGUCACAUUAUCUCUCAAAGUAUGGAUAAUACAAUAAUAAUUUAUUAUUUUAUGAAAAGUGAUAUAUUUUUUACAUUUUUGUUUUCCAUUUUGCAUUGUACUUUUGAAUACAAACAUCUCUGGAAUACAUAAGCAAUAAUAGAUAUGAACGUAAAUUAAUUUUACAAAGAGAUGCCACCAAUUCCUAUAAACUUUUCUAAAUGUUUGUUAAAUGUGUUUUUUAACUGCAGAGGCUAUUUUGCAGCUCCUUCGCAGACCAUGAAUUGUAGGGGUUUCAAUUCUAAAUCUACAAUUAUAAAUAAAGUGUUUUUUGUUGAGACAUAAAAUGUUACACUUUUCAGAUUGUUUUUCAACUGAUCACAAAACUUAACACUUAAAACUGAACAUUUUAUCAAUGAUUUUAAUAGCAGAUGUGAUGUGAUGUAAAAACAUUUGUAUGACAUUGCAACUCAAAAAUAAAUAAGUUUCUGUUUCAGUUUUAGAGGAAGCACAUUAAUUUUGUCUAAGUUACUUAUUUUCAUUUUCUUCAACAAAUUAUUUGUGGCUAGUAUAUUGUGAGUAAGUCUUACUUGAAACCAUUGUUUGUAUGAAUCUUGUGUUAUUUUAAAUACCCAUGCAUGAAGACUUUCCCAUUCUGAGCGUUCAAUGCUUUAAAGGGACUGUCCAACAGAUUAAAGCGUUGUUCAACGCAAAUCGAUAUUUUGGCAAACUACAAGGAUUACUUAUAUAGCUAAAAAAUACCUCCAUUUUUGAAGUGAGCGUGAAUGGUCAAGUGGUAAAGUCGGGAGACAUUUUUCUCCAAGCUUCCAUGACUCUAGGGGUCAGUGGUUCGAGCCCUGUGGAGGUUAACGUUUUUUCUUCUUUUUUAAAAUUGUAUUCUUAUUUUUUACUGGAGAUUUUUAGUUAAAAUGUUUAAAUUUAUCAAUAUAAAGCAUUUAAAGCAGUUAAUGACAAGCUUUAAUACAUGCCAAAAUCUGUUGGACGGCCCCUUUAAAGUCUGUUUCAUUUUACAUGGCCUGUUUGUAUUUCAUUGUUGGGUAUUAAUGUGUUAUAUACAUGUGAGUUUUUGUUGUUGUUCAACAA